AUGGGACCACAGGGUGACACAUGGAAUGUUAAGAAUUUGCGUGAAGAUGGAGAUUAUCAAGUUUUGACCAAUCAGCCAUUAUCAGAGAGAUUAAGCAAACUGAAGGGUGUGAUCACUCCCCAUGAGGGCCGUGUAAUUAUAUCCCCAAGGACUACAGUACAGUCAAAAGAGGAUGUUAUUAAAAUUCUGAAUGAAGCAAUUGACAAUCGAGAAGAGGGUGUUGUCUUAAAGGACCCAGAUUCUGUUUAUCGUCCAGCUUCUCGUAAGGCAGGAUGGAUUAAAGUGAAGCCUGAGUAUGUUGACUCACUUGUGCCAGAGCUGGAUUUAUUGAUUAUUGGUGCAUAUUAUGGAAAGGGAAGAAGACAAGGUGUCUUGUCUCAUUUCUUGUUGGCAGUUGCUGUUGAAACAGAGCCAGGUGGAAAGCCACGAGAGUUUCAUUCGAUUUGCCGUGUUGGAUCAGGUUACACAGUUGCUGAACUAAGUGACCUUGUUGACAAACUUACUCCUCAUACAAGUAGACAGCAGCCUUCAGGAGUUAUUGUCUCCAGAGAAAAACCAGAUAUCUGGAUAAAUCCUGUUAAGUCUUGCGUUGUUCAGGUUAGAGCUGCAGAAGUGGUGAAGAGUCUCCUAUAUCAGACUGGUGUAACUUUAAGAUUUCCCCGAGUGGAGAAAGUUCGUUAUGACAAACCUUGGUAUGAUAUACUGACGACAAAGGAACUAAAUGAAUUGGAACAGUCAUAG